CUUUUUUUUUCUCUACUCUCCAAUUUUUUUAGAUUCCGCUUGUGGUAAGAACGUGAGCGGCUUAUAUAUGGCGAGCCUACAUAGCUCGCUGACGUUCAACCUACCUCCUAUUACAUAAAAAAAAGAUACAAUGGGCGAUCGCAUGGCCAUUGAUGAAGAAGCACCGGUCAGAAAGGGCCGUGGAUUCACAAGCAACGAUGAAUCAUCUCGUGCAUCACGCGAUGCUAGAAUGGAUGUCUCCAAUGGUGUCACACCUGAGCGAUCAAUUGAAGGAUGGAUCAUCAUUGUACGUGGUGUUCACCCUGAAGCUGAUGAAGAAUCACUCACAGAACGAUUCGCUGAAUACGGAACGAUCAAAAACUUGCACUUGAAUCUCGACAGACGAACUGGUUUUGUCAAGGGUUACGCGCUGGUCGAAUACGAGACAUUAAAGGAAGCACAAUCCGCCAUCAACGACGCGAACGGCACAACAUUCUACGAUCAAACCUUGAAGGUCGAUUUCGCUUUCUCAAAGUCUUCCGAAGAAACACGCGGCUCGCGACGGACGAAUGACCGUAGAGGCAGAGACAGAAGCUUGAGCCCUUUGGAUUAUGAUAAUGGGAGAUAAAAAAUAAAAGGGAAAAUACAAGUUAUGGAUACCGUCUUCUUUGGAUCCGCUGGGCGUUCCUUGUAUGUUAAAAGAGA